AUGUCGGCCAGCCCUGACACUCGUGGCUGCAGCAGGCCAGCGAGCGAACGAUGGUGGACUCGACAGGGUGUCCCCGCCCAAGAUCAGGUUAAUGAGGAGCCACACGACACGACAGCCUCCAACAUUCAUCAGCUCCCCCGCGUGACGUUUGGCGAAGAGUGCACACACUUCAUCUGGAAAGGCAAAUCAUUGUUCCUGUUCGGUGUUGACAACCCGAUUCGCCACUUCUGCAUCAAGUACAUUGAGACGAGCACCGCCUUCAACUACUUCAUCCUUCUGGCCAUCCUAGUCAACUGCGUCUUCAUUGUCCUGAGCAAUCCACCGGACGAAGCAGAGUAUGUGUUUACUGCCAUCUAUACGCUGGAGAUGGUGGGAAAGAUCAUUGCCCUCGGUUUCGUCAUGCACCCAUAUGCAUACUUGCGGAACACAUGGAACUGGCUCGACUUUGUCGUCGUCAUCUUCGCCUAUCUGACCCUCAGUCCCAGGCUGGGGAACUACACAUCGCUUCGCGUCUUUCGCGUCUUUCGCGCCCUUCGCACCGUCUCAGCGCUACCGCAUCUGCAGCUGAUUGUGAAUGCGCUGCUGCGCACGAUGCAAGGCCUCCAUAACGUCCUCAUCAUCUUCGUCCUCGUCCUCUGCGUCUUCUCCAUCCUCGGCCUGCAGCUCUUCUCAGGUGUUCUGAGCCGCAAGUGCGUGGCAGAACCUGCGAUCGGUGACGCCUUGCUCAACUCCAGCUACUGGCUCCUGGACAACAGCGGCUACCAGCUGUGCGGAAGCGACCACACUGCCCGCCACUGUGGCGCCAACUACACGUGCGUGCAGGAUGUGGGCGAAAACCCGGACUAUGGAUUCACAAGCUUCGACAGCUUUGCGCCCGCGUUACUGGUCACGCUACAGGUCAUGCUGCUCGACUUUUGGGAGAACACGUACGACAAAGUGCUUGCAGCUAUGGGCCAGCACGCUGUGUGGUACUUUGUGUUUGUUGUGUUUCUCGGGCACUACUUCAUGGUCAACCUUGUCCUCGCUGUCGUUGUCGAGGCAUACGGGCGCGAGAUCGAGGCAACAGAUGAGUACACGGAAACCGUUGAUCUUCUCCAAUCACAGACAUGGGCGCAGGAAACCAUGCGUGCAGGCUCGCUGACGCAAGCCAUCGACUUGGAUGUGUUGAACCGCACGCUGCGCCGCACCAACACUUACUUCUCGCAGUUCUCUCGUUUGAAUUUGGCGGAAGCGACUGGGUUGAGCACGAGCGAAGUGAUGCAGCUUCCACGGUGGCGGCAACGCAUGGAGACAGUUGUGUCGUCGUCCUACUUCAACUGGUUCAUCAUGAUCACCAUCAUCCUCAAUACCAUCACCCUCGCCCUGUACUAUCCAACAAUGCCGGCCGACUUGCAAGCCGCCCUGACCAUCUGCAACUACGUCUGGACAGCCAUCUUCGUUGCCGAAGCCAUGCUUAAGCUGCUUGGUUCGGGCGCGCGGGCAUAUUUUGAGAGGGACUGGAACCGAUUCGACUUUGUCGUCGUUAUUGUGUCUCUGAUUGAGAUUGUCAUCAGUCUGUCCGGUGUUGUCGCCUCCAACGGUCUCUCCAUCUUCCGCUCGUUCCGCCUCUUGCGCGUCCUCCGCCUCGCACAGUCCUGGCAAACGAUGGCGAAGCUGCUGAAUGUGAUUCACGAGAGCCUGAACAGCCUUGGCCACCUCACCGUUGUACUGCUGAUCAUGAUGUACAUCUUCUCUGCAAUUGGUAUGGCCCUCUUUGCCAACAAAUACACGGAGGAAAACUUUGAUGGCGCCGUCCCGCGGUGGAACUUCAAGGACUUUUGGCACGCAUUCCUGGUUGUGUUCCGGGUGCUGUGCUGCGAAUGGAUUGAGUUGCUGUGGGAUACCGCGCGCGUUGCUGGCAACGGUGCGGUCGUUUACUACGUGGCCGCUCUCAUCUGCACCAACUUCAUCAUCCUCAAUCUCUUCCUCGCGCUUCUGCUCAAGGCUUUUGACGUGCAGAAGCUCGUUGAUGCCGUUGCGAAGAACGCAAACGUCUCCUCGCGCCCCGUCACCGCAGACGAACCCGUCGCAACAGAGAGCGAAUCUUCCUUCUCCAGCAGUCAGCAGCACAGUGAUGAUAGUGGCGAGCUGGGCAAAGAUGCUGAUGGCGGGGAUGGAGAGAUGUUGCACGCUCUCCCGCGCCGCCGCCGCUCAACGUGUGUUUCCAAUACGUUCGCAGUCGCUGAUGAUGAGGACAUGGGUGGAGAUGCGAGAGCGAAGCAGAGGCCGUGGACAAUCAAGCACGCAGUUGAGGUUGAAGGCGAAUUUGGCGACGCUAGCAGUCGAGCCACGACGAAGAUGCGUCCUUCCUCAUCACCAUCGUUGACAUCAUCAUCACCAUCAUCAUCAUCGUCGUCGUCGUCGGCGGCGGCGUCUUCAUUGACCCAGCGUGGCGACAACCGCACGCUUCCAGGACACGUGAUGGAGUCAUCUUUUCUUGGGGACGAUGGUCAUGCAGAGCAACGCCGCGCGCCUACCGCCCAUCAUAACGAUGCUACUUCCAGCAGCACUUCCAGCAGCACUUCCAGCAGCAGCACAGCUCAGAGUAUACCUGGGGACGGAGCCGCUGCUGUGAUGCCGCGAUACCGCCGCCGCCUCCGCACGCUCGUCGAGCACCCGAUAUUCGACUACUCCAUCCUCGUGGUCGUCAUCGUCAGCAGCUUGCUUCUCGCGUUUGAAGACUCCAGCUUGACGAACAAACCACACCUGCAGCACCUGCUGUUUGUGUUUGACAUCAUCUUCCUCGUCAUCUUCUCGCUGGAGGCGGUUCUGAAGAUUGUUGCAUUCUCUCCACGCGCAUACUUCCGCUCGGGCUGGAACUGCAUGGACUUUGUCGUGGUGGUUGCGUCUGCAUUGGGUGUUAUCCUGUCGUCGAGCGACGUCGUAUCGCUGCGUGUGCUGCGUACGAUGCGAGCCCUCCGCCCCCUGCGCGCCAUCCCGCGGUGGGAGGGCAUGCGCGUGGUCGCCUCGUCGCUCAUCCGGUCCAUCCCCGCCAUCAGCAACGUGUUGCUCGUGUGCGGGCUGUUCUGGCUCAUCUUCAGCAUCCUCGGCGUGCAGCUGUUUGGCGGCACGUUUGCCCGCUGUCUCGACGCGGAUGGCGAAAUGGUCUCACACCUCAUUGUCAACAACAAAACGCAGUGCCUCAGCAUGACAGACCAAGGGUAUCGGUGGUCGAACCUCAACGUCAACUUCGACAACGUCCUCAACGGCUACGUCGCUCUCCUCCAGGUUGCGACGUUCGAAGGGUGGAUUGAGGUGAUGGAGGCCGCUGCUGAUGCGCGCGGCGUCGACCUGCAGCCAAAGUUUGAGGCGCAGUUCCCGGCAUUCUUCUUCUUUGUCGUGUUUGUUGUGCUCGGGGCGUUCUUCGUGCUGAACCUCUUCAUCGGUGUCAUCAUCGACAACUUCAACACGAUGCAUCAGGAGCUGGCGGACGGUGGACGAAAUGUCCUGUUGACAAAAGCGCAGCGGCGUUUCUUGGACAUGGUUCGCGCCAUUGCAAACCGCAAGCCUGUGAAGAAGGUGGAGCCCAAGUCACCCUUCCGGAAGUUUGUGUUUCGCCUGGUGACUGCGCAGUGGUUUGAGCUGGGCAUCCUUGCGCUGAUCGCUGUGAACACGAUUGUGCUGGCACUGGAACAUAACAACCAGUCUGAGACAUGGACGCUUGUGCUGUACGUGUUGAACGUCUUCUUCACGGCGGCAUUUUGUAUGGAGGCGGUUCUCAAGAUGUUUGCCUUUGGCAAGGUGUACUUCCAAACGGGCUGGAACAUCUUUGACUUUGUCAUUGCGUGCGUGUCGCUGCUGGACGUGGUGCUGGCGUCGCUGUCACUGUCCCUGCCCAUCAGCCCCACGCUGCUGCGAAUGCUACGUAUUCUUCGCCUUGCGCGGCUGGCACGCCUGAUCAAGCGCAUGCGGAGCAUCCGCACCCUCCUGACCACCAUCCUGUAUGCAGGUCCAUCGCUAUUCAACGUCAUGACGCUGCUGUUUGUCAUCAUGUUCAUCUUCUGCAUCAUUGCGCUGUCCCUGUUUGGACACGUCGUGCACAACGGACCCAUCAACAGCCGCGUCAACAUGGAGUCGUUUGGCAACACAAUGGUGCUGCUGUUUCGGCUGAUGACUGCUGCGGGAUGGAACGAGAUUGUCGAUGCGUACUCCAUACAGCCACCAGACUGCGAUCCAGACUACCUCGACCUUCCAAACGGCAACUGCGGCAACCCCAUCGCGGCGCAGCUGUUCUUCUCCAUCUACACCAUGGUCAUGUUUCUGAUCAUCAUCAACAUCUUCAUUGCCGUCAUUUUGGAGCACUUGGAGGUUGCUCAGGAGCUUGCGGACACUUUUGUCACGGAUGCAAGUCUUGACGAGUUUUAUGAGAGGUGGGCGCAAUUUGACCCGCACGCAACGCAGUUCAUUGCGCACGAGCAAGUGCAUUCGCUCGUGACUGGCCUGUCGGCGCCGCUUGGUCUUCCAGACGCCACGCAGGAGGAAAUCGACAGCCUCGACAUGCCCUUGACCAAAGAUGACCGGACUCACUGCCUCGAUGUGCUGUUUGCGCUCGUCCGCCACUACCUCACACACGAUGUUGACGAGCAGUCCCUCACCGUUAAUGACUUUGUCCAGUUGGAGGAUCGAAUUCAGGAGCGCUUCAACCGCCGCUUUCCGCGCCGCCGCUUGCAGCCGUUUACGCUCACAACGAAGCAGAAGCUCCUGCGCACGCAGGCCGCCAUCAGUAUACAGCGCUUCUUCCGCAAGAGGAAGGAGCUUCAGCAGCAGAAGCUGGCCUUUGUUGGCGCGGGCGAGAAGCCGCCGUGGGGGGUCAGCAGCCUUCGAGUGGAUAUCAUCCAAGCAACAACUUUGUAGCCCACCCGCUCGACAUCACUUCAGACAACCAUCCGCUGGGCUUCAGUGGCUGUGUCGAUUUGUUUCUGAAUGCUGGUUGACUGUGCCUAUCAUGCUUGCCAUUGCACGAGUCGACUUGCCUAUGCUUGUCUGCUUGUUUAUGUUAACUCAUACACACACAACCACGCACACAGAUGAUGCAUGCGAGUGUGCGUGUGCGAGUGUUUGAUUGACUAUGUAUGUUGCUAUUAUCCUUUCUUUCCACGGACCCUACUUUUUUUUUUCACUACAUCUGAUGAUCCUGUUGUUUUUUUUCGUUGCUGGUAUCGCUGUGCGCGAUGCUGUGGUGUCGCGGAGAUUGCUUCACUUCUUCUCCACCUCUCCUCUUGGCACCCUCCUUCUGCCUUUCCUUCCCCUGUCUGCUUCAGUCAGCGACUUACCUGCUGCUGUGUUGUUGUGUUCGUCUCCUGUCUAUCUAGCUCGACUCGCCCAUGUCAAGGUUUUAUGUUUCAGAGGAUCACAUGUGUUGCCAGCGUGUAUAUAUUUUCGCUUUGCUGCGUUGCUGCCUCUUUCC